AAUGCCGUACAACCUGUGCUUGGAUCAUUCACUACCGCUGUGACUGGCCUGAAGGCGUGAAGUGUCGGUCCUGUAUGCACCCAAUUUGGGACUUAAUAAAAAGAAAUAAUCCCAAAAGUGUCUUUUUUCUCAAAUACCCACCUAAGGAAUUAAAAGUGAAAAGAAUUCAUGUGCCAGUGAUUUUAGUGAUUUUUAUUAAAAAAAAUUUCGUGCGAAUCUUCAAUUAAGAUCAAUAUCGGAUUAAAAGCCAUACACAAUGUUGGACAAAUUCAAGAAAUUAUCCUUCCUGUACAAGCCAUACGUUCUGGGUGUCCUGACAAUCGGGUAUAUUGUGGGCGAACUGGGUCACUACUUGAUUGGUGUCACAUCCAAACAGACCGCCAGGGAGCUCAUCUAUGGUGAUAUCUCAUGUCAGCUCAACAGCACGAGUUUCAAACUGUCAGAACUUCCCGUAGAAUGCAGCUCGGUGGAGACAGAGGAAGAGUGCAUGCUGGUGGAGAAAGAUGGAGUUCCCUACUGCGAAUGGAAUUACAAUGGACUUGGCCUCGAUUAUCAACUCCUUGCCGGUCCCAGCUUUAUUGCUGUCUUCACAGUGGCGGGAGUGAUUCUUGGAAUUGCAGCCGAUAAAUACAAUCGUGUUCGAAUGCUCUUCGUCUGCACUCUCAUCUUUUCCAUAGCCAUCAUUCUUCAAGGUUCUGUAACAGAAUAUUGGCAAAUGGUGGUGCUACGUAUGGUGAUGGCUCUCGGAGAAUCUGGAUGCAAUCCUCUGGCCACAGGAAUAAUGUCAGAUAUAUUCGAUGAGAGCAAACGUGCUCUAGUUAUGGCAAUUUUCAAUUGGGGCAUUUACGGUGGCUACGGUAUUGCCUUCCCUGUGGGCAGGUAUAUAACAAAAUUAAAUCUCUUUGAUCUGAGUUGGAGAAUCUGCUACUAUGGAGCUGGAGUAUUGGGUCUCAUCUUGGCUAUUCUCACUGGAGUCACACUUAAGGAGCCCAAGAGAUUGACCAUCGGUGAAGAGUCAAGCGGACAAGAUGAGAAAAUUAGUAUUUGGCAGGUUCUCAAACAACCACGAAUCAUUCUUAUUAUCAUUGCAGCUUCAAUAAGACACUGCGGAGGCAUGACCUUUGCUUACAAUUGUGAUCUCUAUUACACGAGCUAUUUUCCGGACGUGGACCUCGGAUGGUGGCUGUUCAUUGUGACUGUGGGUAUCGGAGGAAUUGGAAUUGUUGUGGGUGGAGUUGUAUCCGACAAGAUUGUGGCUAAAAUGGGUAUCCGCUCCCGUGUGGCUGUUUUGGCCAUCAGUCAAUUGAUUGCUGCACCAUUUGCCUUCGGUUCUGUGUACUUUGAACCACUAUGGGCGAUGAUUACUCUUGGAAUAAGUUACUUCUUCGCUGAAAUGUGGUUUGGCAUUGUAUUUGCAUGCCUUGUGGAAAUUGUCCCAAUGGGAGUUCGAUCAACUACUGUGGGUAUUUUCCUCUUCGUCAUGAAUAACGUCGGAGGAAAUCUGCCAAUUCUUGUGGACCCUGUGGCCAAGGUUAUCGGCUACAGAGAGUCUAUUUCAAUCUUCUAUGCUGGAUUUUACCUGAUAAGUACAGUGCUGUUCUUCAUCACCAUCUUCUGGAUGGAAGGACCAAAGAAGACCGAAACAUCACCCACAACUCCUCGACGAGAUUCCGCUCCAAGAGAUUACGGACAUGACAAUAACACAUUCUCCACAGCCGAUGAAACAAAUCUCGCCACACUGAGAGCCAAUGGACACACCAAUUAUGGCAUCCGGAAUGAGAAUAGCAGACUGUGAUUGUAAAAAAAAUACGAAAAAAAUCUCACACACUUUUAACGCACAUAAAAAAAUGAACGAUAUUUGCCAAUAAAAAUGAGAAUAAAAAUCUCUUGUAGAACCGUUAUUAAAGAAA